AUGUCCACCCCAGUGAAAAUGCUGCCCUGCGAUCACACUCACUUCACCGUCACCUACAGACUGUUUGGUAUCCUAGCCUCUGCUACUUCGCUCUCUACCCACGCCCUGUGCGACUGUCCGACCGAUCAAUUCAAGGAUCAGCGAUUUUCGGCAAUCUCCACCUACGCUCUGUACAUGAUGAAUCGUCUCAAGACCAAAGCCUCGAGGUUCUUCAAGGACGGUCCAGAUCGGGACGAAAUGGCAGCGAACCUCUCUGCAGGUUGCGAAGCUGACUUUGACGCUGGCAUCGAGCGCAGCCUGCGCAAGAAACCCUCCUGUUUCUUCCGGGCGAAGAUCGAAAAACCACUCCCAGUUCCACCCUCUGGCGUUGCUCCUUUGGCUGCAGUUCUUCCGGCUGUUUCCAAGGUCGAUAUCAAUGCGCGUGAAUCAGCGUCACUGGAGACAGAGAAACCGCUUCCGCCCUCUCCAGUCACUCAAAAUGCGCCGAUCUCAGUGGUGCCAUCGAUUGUGAACGAGAAGGUUCGCGGUACAGCACGCAAGUCUAGUCCAGCAGAUCGGGAGCUCAAGUCACGCCCCAGCUUCGCUUCUCUACGAAGUACCAGCUCUCGCAUCUUCCGCGCAAACACAGGCGGCCAUGACCCUCCUCCACCACCUGUGCCCCAACUGCCCAUCGACACACCCAUGCCAAAGCCGCGCCGACCAACUCUUCGGCCUUUCGGGUCAAUACGCUCUGCACGCACCUUAAAAUCCAGUACCGGCCGUAAUGUAUCCAUAUCUCGUCCAAUCUUGUGUACGCAAACCGUCCACACGCCCUCCACUUCAACCCCAAGCACCGUACCAUUCACGAAGCCACCCGGUCCACCGCCCCGACGCCCAGCGCGUCCAGAAAGCCUAGACGACGAGAUCAUCGCAUUCAUGCGAGACGGAAGCGCCCGCCUGGUUCUCCACACCCGAACCCGCGUCCAGUCAGCUGCUACCACCGCCGCAAACACAUCGCCCGGACGAUACAGCACCCAGACCCGGGUAGCUUCAGGAGAAGCAUACACGCGCCUGGGCCUCCCAUCCGGCCGCUCCUCCCUCUCACCCCCCACAUCCUCCAUCUUCGACUCAACGCUUACCCCAAACUUCCCGCUCGAUCCUACGCGGCCCCUGCCCUUCCGUGACAGCACCGGCAGCGUAAAGGGCUAUGGACGGUUCAGCGCGUAUAUCAAGGCGCGGCAACAGUACAAGAGCGGUGGGUAUGACGAUGGCGUUGAUGCGGACGACAGGGAGGUGGGGCCGAUUGAGCAGUAUAGGAAGAGCAGGUGUGGGGAUUGGACGUUGGAAGCCAGGAUUAGUGAGCGGCUUGGGGAGAGGGGAAUGGUUUUCAGGGAUCGGUGGGGGAGGUGGCGGUUUGUUGCCGACAUCUGA